AUGCAUAGACGUCGAGGUCCUAAUUUUACUUACGUUAGUGGCUGUGUGAAAUAUAUGAUUUUUGUUUUGAAUUUUAUUUUCUGGCUGUUUGGCGGUUUACUUAUUGGGGUCGGACUUUAUGCAUUUAUUGAUAAGUGGCAGGCGACUGGCCUCAUAAAGUUGGAUACAGUCUACGAUGUUAUGUUAAACAUCAGUCUUCUGAUCGCGUUGCUAGGAGGCGUCGUUUUUAUUGUCAGCUUCGCUGGAUGCAUAGGAGCGUUGAGAGAGAACACUUGCCUGUUGAAAUUUUAUUCUCUCUGCCUCCUGAUAUUAUUCCUGGUGGAAAUGGGAGGGGCGGUCUGCGGCUUUGUGUUCCCUCGUUCUUUACACGGCCUUCUAGAACUAAGUUUUACUGAACGAGUGGUUCACGCGUACAGAGACGAUCCGGAUUUACAGAAUUUUAUCGAUUUUGCUCAACGUGACUUCCACUGCUGUGGUCUGACAUCAGACGGUUAUAUGGACUGGUCCAAAAACGAAUAUUUUAACUGUUCAUCCCCAUCAGUUGAGAGAUGUGGUGUCCCAUUCUCUUGCUGUAUUAACGCGACUGACAUCAGUUCAGGUUUAGUCAAUAUUAUGUGCGGUUAUGGCGUUCAGAACUUUCCCGUCGCCGAGGCAAGUAAGCGAGUAUGGACAAGUGGUUGUAUAGAAAUUGUACGUUCCUGGGCCGAAAGGAAUUUAUAUACAAUUGCCUCAGCGGCGCUAGGCGUUGCACUGUCACAGUUAUUCGUUAUUUAUCUCGCUAAGACUUUGGAGGGGCAGAUUGAGCUACAGAAAGCAAGGUGGCAAACAUGAAAUAGGGGGUCAGCGGGCGCCUAUAGAGACGAGUGUCGGCGCGCGCUGCUGUAGCCCGGACUCGAACCCGGGACUGUGCACACAUCCACUGUGCAUAUGUAGACUGUGCCAUGAACUAGUGAUUAUUGUGAAAAAUGGUGAUUAUGGGUACAAUGCUACAAUUUUAGUGAGAGGCUGUUAUAAAAAAAAGUGAAUAUUUGUGGAAAAGAAAGUGAAUUGAAAAACUGUGUUGAAUGCUAUAUCAGCAUUUCACAAUGCUCGUUAAUACUUAGUGAUACAAUGCAAAUAGCGUUGUGUGGUAAUAAAAAUGUGACAAACAUUUAUAAUGAAAAUGAUAUAAACAUAUUGACGGUUAAAUUUACUUUUUAAAAAUUUCAACUGUGGAUUCAUUUUUUAAUUAUUGAAAUUAGAUUUUUUUUUUUCUUAUAAUAUUCGUUACUGUUCUACCAAUCGAUGAUUUUUUUCUUUUGUAUUAAAAUUGUAUAUAACUUGGAGAGAUGAACAUUCGACUUUUUUGUCUAUUAAACAAGAGAAAAAUUAAUAAAUAUACUUUUAAUAAUAAUCAAAAACAUAAUCUUGUUAAAUAAGUGUUGUAAACGUUUAAAUUUUUAAUAUUGCUUAUUUUUUUCCAUAUAGCAAUAUUUAAUCUGUGUCCUUUAUGUUCUGUGGCUCAAUUGCAUUGUUCAAGUGUGUUUUUAUCAGUAAAUUGUAGUUUUUAAAGGCUCCUGUGCCAUUGUAUUUAAGACUGAUGGCGAUUUUAGCGUUAGAAAAAUAAUAUUUUAGUUUUUAUUUGGAUAAUAUUCUAAAUACAUCAAAGUUAGGGUAAUUGUUAUUCAUAAGUUUAAAGGCCGGUUUCGGUAUGCUUACCGCUGGUAAAUGUAUCUGAUGUAUAACGUUAUCCAGUAGAUAAAAGCUUAUAAUAUA